AUGUAUCCCAUAAUAGAUAUUAUUGAGUAUUCUCAAUAUUCGUAUCAUAUUGUGGGAUGUCCUCCAGAAUUUGAAUUAGCAGCUUUAGGUAUUUGGGAAGGAAUACAAAAUGGUUAAGUUUGUGAUAAGGAAAACUAAAAUUGUGAAUAAGUUUAAAGUUUAGAACCAUAAACAUUAACAUCUUGGAAAUAAAAAAUAUAUUGCGUUAAAUAUGACAAAACAGCGUAAUGGCGGAAUGGAAAUCAAUGUUAGAAACUAUAUAAAGAAUGUAGUUAAUACAUUUGUGUUAAAUAAUAAUUUGAAUGUCCAAUCACUGAUUUAUAAACAAUCCAUCAGUAAGGAGAUAUUCAAUUUGGUAAAACAUAAUAUAAGAUAAUAAGAGAUUAUAAACAUACUCCUUUGCUCUAUUUUAAUAUUUCCUCAUCAUCCACUUGUUUAAAUUUCCUAUAAUAACCUUAAUUUAAAUCAUAAUAAUUUUACCCUUUAUCCAGAAUACCUGAAAUGGGUUGUGAUGAAUAUGGUGAUUAUAAUAAUAUAACCAAAUCAUUAGAUUCUGCUCUUGUUAAGGAUGUAUUAAAAGAAAAUAAGAUCCCAUUAGAUAAACUUAUUCAUUUCGAUGAUUAUUUAUAAAAUUCUGAUUAGUACUAAUUGUAAGUUUUAAGAGGUAUCAAAUUAAAUUAGAUUGAUUAAUGCAAGAAUCUAAAUUCUGAUAUCUUUAAUGACUCUAGUAAAAAGAGCUUUAGAAUUACAAAGAUUAUGAGAAGAAAUAACCUUCCAUUAAUUAUUGGAUGUAUUACUCUUAUUCUAUUUUCAAUUUUAACCAUUAAAUUUCAUAAUAAUGUAUAAAGUAAUUUUAUAAUAGAAAUAUUUAUCAUUUAUAAAUAAGAGAAUCACCAUAAUAGUAAAUCUUUGUACUUUAAUCAUUAUGAUUGUAACGUUGAUUUAUACUUCAUUAUUUUUAUACGAUGUUUUAGCAUCAGUAAGAUAUCUUCAUAUGACUAGAAUGGAUUGUAGCAAAUAAAUGAUAAUUUAGAUGCUUUUAUCUCAAAUCAGUGUAUAAAUAUAGAAGGCAUACUCAUUGCUUUAGAUAGAAUACAUUAGUAUUCUUUUAAAAUUUACAAUUCUAAUUUAAGUUUAAUCUAUGCUGCAUUUGUGGGAUCAAUUAUUUAUUUAGUUGUUCAAUUCUUCUUAUAUAUUAUUUAAUAUAUUUCAAGUAACACUUAAGAAAUAUGUCAAAAUCCUUGGAACAGUAGAAUUAAUUAUGAAAUUAGAUAUUGA